GUCAAUCUUGUCGCAAUCUCUCUUUGUCCAAUUUCUCUCCCCCAGCCUUCCGAUCAUGUCUGCCUGUAUCUGGUGUUUACCCCUCUCAUGACAAGCAAGCCCUGUACAAGGGGCGCCAAAAGCUGUCUACAAUCCCGGCGAUUCCGCCAGCCCUCUUGAUCCGGAGGGUCGCGAUUCGCGAGUGAGGCGAUGCGGACUAGAUCCCCCAUCGACCCCCAACGUCCAUCAGCCCCAGCCAACAUCGCUUGGAACAACCCUUGAUCGGAAAGGAAAUGGCUCAAAAUGGUCAAAAUUCGCGCGCUCAGCCCCUUGAAUCGGAGGUUAUCUCGGAUAAGCAACAGUUGGAGUUCCCUCCCAUUCCAGAAUGGACCCCCGAGCACUCCGAGCAGUCGCUCAGCGGUCCGACCAGCGACACCCGCUCCAGUGACGCCCAUCGCAAUAGUACCACAGAACAGUCGUCAAACGUACCACGAUUAUCAGAGGACUCUGCGACCUAUAUGACGAGGGAUAAUCCAAACGGGGCAAAAAGGCUGCGAAGCGUACCAGCAUGGGUUCAGUCGGUAGAUCACCCAGAAGAAGGCGACGGAGAUGAACUAGCAGAGUCAUCUGUGACGGACAGACUCCUUCCUGCAGAACCACACGAGGCUGUAGUCGCCCAGCACAAUCACUCUCCAUCUGCGACACGGACAUCAAACCUACAACACCAGGGCGGCAGUGCCGACGAGGGACUUGGACAGCCCCCGAGGCGUGAGACUCGCUGGAUAUCAUUUUCAAGAACGAUCGCGUAUCCCAGAGAUCCCGGAUUAGAAGAAAAGGCCGUGCCACCAGAGUGGCUAGAUGAGAAUUACAAUGACUACUCGCAGCCCUGGCGAGGGCAGUUACCGUCCGACGAGACCGAAGACCCCUUGAAGAUGAAACGACGCCGAAAGAUCUGGUUUAAGCGGUUCCAUUCGACCCUUUUGAAGAGCCCCAUUGUACCGUUGAUCUUCCGACUAACCGUGUGGUGUUUCUCCCUCACUGCUCUCGCCCUGGGGAGCUCCAUCCAUCAGCUCUCCGGAGAGUAUCAGCACCCUCGAGGACCCUCCGCUCUGAUGGCCAUCAUCGUCGACGCUGUUGCCCUGGUUUACUUGGUUUACAUCACGUGGGAUGAGUACACUGCGAAACCACUUGGGCUCCGGCCUCCCUCGGCCAAAGCCCGUCUCAUCCUCCUGGACAUCUUUUUCAUCGUCUUCGAUUCCGCCAAUUUGAGUCUGGCCUUCGAGGCCUUGUCCACGGCAAGGGGCGCAUGCACUAACACCGAGGUCAACAGGGAGCUCGCUCCCAAAAACGACGCCAUAUGCGACCGGCAAAUAGCGUUAGCCAGUGUUCUUUUGGUAGCCUUGAUUGCUUGGCUAACGACAUUUUCGAUCAGCGUUCUUCGUCUGGUCGAACGGGUUGCAAAGUAACCCCUUCAUUGUUACUCUCACGGUACCACGGCCUCCUCCGUGCAUCUUAUGUCUACUUUCAUGUCUUUAUUUUUAUGGCCGGACGAUACCCGGUCAGACGUAUUCCCGCCUGCGCGAAGAUCUCUUUAUUUUUACACUUCUCACCCAUUUGGUAUAAUGGAAUUGUACAUUUUGAAUAAUACGAUUUCAAUCAGAAAUAGCCGGGUUGGUCAGUUGCGGUCUUCAGCCUUCCCUGUAUCUCUGCAUCGAAUAGACCUUACACCGCGUUAUCUUGCAAGUAGAUCAAU